AUGUCUCGAAAACAUUCUCCUAAUGACAAAUCCAAAGCUAAGAAUCCUUCAUCACCAACUGACGCGAACGAUGAACCAAGGUACUGCAUCUGUCAAAAACGCGAAGAUGAACUAAACGAUCAAGAUAAUGAUUUUAUGAUUGAAUGCGAUGGAUGUAACGGAUGGUUUCAUGGUAAAUGCAUCGGAUUAGCUGAUCGUAUUGCUGAUGACAUUGAAAAAUAUUUUUGUCCGGAAUGCUCCACGCAAUUUGGUCCUUCAGUUUUUAAACAACGGAGGAAUCAACAUCGGCGAGAUUACAGCGAUCCGAAUGCUGAAAAUAAAACAACAGAAAGUGGCACAAUGGAUUUCAUCAAUAAAUUGAAGCGAAGAGUAUUUCCGAGUUGUGCGCCAGUUAUAACUCGAAUGAAAGGCAAUCAAGUAACUGCGGAGUAUCUAAUCAAUAAUGGUUUCACCAAACCAAUCUUAGUAACGAAUCGUGACGGAUUAGAAUUGACUUUACCUAGUCGGACGAUUACGUUAAAUGAAAUUAAUGAACUUAUCGGACCUGGUCGUUAUAUUGACAUAAUUGACUGUGAGAAACAAGUGACUUACAAAAUGGCAUUAGAAGAAUACGUCGACUAUUUCGAAAGUAUCGAUCGAAGCAAAAUCUAUAAUGUUCUCAGUUUAGAAAUUUCGAAUACUAAACUGGGUGAGCAAGUGAUCACACCGCGAAUUGUUCGGGAUCUUUCAUGGGCGACUGUUGGUAUUUGGCCACUGAAAAAAGACGGAGAGAAAAACGAUGACAACGACAAUGAUGAAGUUUCGAAUGGGACGGAAAAGAAAGCAACAUGGCCAUCGCAAUCAAUGUCGUCGAAGAAGAAACGUCGAACAGUUUCAUCAACAGACACUGAUCAGAGCGACGAUGAUCAAUUCGAAGUUGUUGAUGCAAAUCAUUUCGAAAAUUUCGAACGGCCUGAUGUAGCUAAAUAUUGUUUGAUGAGUCCACAGUCAUCGUAUACAGAUUUUCAUGUGGAUUUUGGUGGUUCAAGUGUUUGGUAUUCCGUUGUUCGAGGAGAGAAGAUCUUCUAUCUAAUUGAACCAACCGACGAGAAUCUUCAAAAAUACGCUGAAUGGUCAAGGUCACAAACAGAGUCCGAAACAUUUCUAGGUGAUUGUGUCACAAAUUGUUACAAAAUGCAUCUACGCGAAGAGAACACUGUUUUCAUACCAGCAGGUUGGAUCCAUGCAGUUUAUACAGUUACAGAUUCAUUAGUUUUUGGUGGCAACUUUCUUCAAUCGAUGGGAGUUGAUAUGCAACUUCGUAUCUACGAGCUUGAACGUCUUGCACAAGUUCCGCAUAAAUUUCAGUUCCCACUGUUCGAAACAUUUCAUUGGUACGCUGCGAAAGCUUUCUAUGAAGAAUUAAAAGAAUGUAACGAUUCUGGUUCGUUGACUGUCAAUCCUAUCACUCAACAAGCUUGCGAGUCAAUUCUGCACUAUAUGGGUAAAUGGUUAUCAGCUGAUAAACGGUAUCAAACACGUAACCGUUUGAUCAUACCAAAAGGAUUCAACUGUGAAAAACUUCUACGCGAUCUUGCACGAGAACUUGAACAAGUUAAAAUACGCUGUGAAUCAGGAAGAUUUUCUAAACCACCUUCAAGUAGUAUUAUUGCUAGUCCUAUCAAAGUCGUGCUUCCAAUCGAUGCAAAACAUGAGCUUGUUCAACUGAAUAAUACUAAAAUUAAAGUUAAAUGUCGUCGUUUAUCAUCGGAAUCAGAAAAUCAGAAAAACAAAGAUUCGUCCGCUGGCAGUGGCAUGAAAUUGACGAUUAAAACAUCGUUAAGUGGUUGUAGAAAGCCAAGUAGCAGCAGGGAUUUAUCUCCAGUAAUGAACAAGAAAAAAGUUUCACGAACCUCGUCAUCUGUUAAACAACAAAAAAAUUCAAAUUCAACUGAUAUUCCAAUUAAACAGGAAGAACCACCGAAAAUUACUUAUACACUUGACCUUGAGGCAAAACGACAACGUUUUAUUGAACCUACAAUUACUCAGGCAACUCAUGAUGAGUCUGAUAAUGAUACUAAUACUUCUUCAAGUGAUACGAACUUCUCAUCCAUUCCUCCCGAAUCGCACGCAGAUAUAAAUGAAAGUCAUGACAAUAACGAAUCCUUAGGUGGCAUAGUCGAUGGAGGUUUAGCAUCAUUUGUGAAGAGUUCAUCGAUAAACGAUGACUAUUAUCAUCCAAGUAAAGAAAGUAAAAUAAAACGAGAGCGUAGCAGUUCGGAGAAGAAACAUUCUUCAAAAAAACUAAAAUCAAAAUCAUCAACAGAAACAGAUAAAGCUCAGAAAUCAUCGAAAAAGGCCAAAUCGGAAGAUUCAUUGUCAUCGACUCCUAAUCGAAAGAAACUAUUGACAGCUACAGCAUCGACGCCAGGGUCUUCAUUACCUUCGAAUCCAACUUCUACGCCAACCCAGAAGAAACGCAUAUUGCCCUCUACACCGAAAAAAGUCAAUCCAAAAGACCGUCUAGGAAAAAUUCUUAAAAUAGCAAAUAGCAUCAAAUCGCGGGGAGGAGUUCUAACUUAA